AUGCCGUGAAACUCAACUCGUCCUCGGAAUCAUCCCCGGUCUAGACAAGCCGCCAUGGACAAACCACCAUCUCCACCGCCACCACAAGUUCCGCCACCCUUCGAGAUGGACAAAAUCUGCCGGCUGUGUCUGCAGCACCUGCAGCCCGGUUCCCUCGUCAGCCUGUUUGCGGUCAACUUUUCGAUCCGUCCCUCGGACAUGAUAACGCGCUGCGCCUCCGUCGAGAUCUACGAAAAGGACGGCCUUCCGGGUGCGAUCUGCAACGACUGCUUCUACAAGGCGGGGAUGGCGUUCGAGUUCCGGAAUCGGUGCGAGUCGUCGGAUGAAAAGUUGAGGAGCUUUGUCGCCGGGCAGCAGGAGAAGGUUGGGGAGGAUGAGAUUUAUGCGGCGAUGGAUGCAAUUUUUGGACCGGAAGAAGAAGUGCCCGUUGUGACGGUGACGGCUGGGAGGAACGUGAAAAAGGUUCAACCGAUAAAGAAGCGUUCCCAGCUGGAUGAACUGCUGGUGAAGCACAAGGCCAAGCUGAAGGAGGAAGGUACCAAGGUGAACAUCUUCAAGCAGAGGCGAGCGGUGAGGAAGAACGUCGGAAUGGCUAAACGAGGGAAGCAGCUGAAGCCACCGGAGCAGUGCUUGAUCUGUGGCAAGUCGUUCAACUACAGUGGAUAUCUGCAGGCCCAUCAGAGGGUUCAUUCCGGGGAGAAGCCGUUCGAGUGUCAGACGUGUCAUCGGAGGUUCGCACAGUCGGGGAAUCUACAACUUCACAUGCGAAUCCACAACGAUGAACGCAAGUAUCAGUGUGAAAUCUGCAGCAAACUGUUCAGGACUUCUAGCAAUCUGCAUGCCCACAGGAAGACCCACUCCGAGGAGCGUAACAACCCGUGCAAUAUCUGCGAGCGUGCUUUUCGGACGGCCCAAGAGCUGCGGAAUCACGCUGAAACGCACAAACCGGUCAAGAGUUACGUUUGUCGGCUGUGCGACAACAAGGCCUUCCACAAGCAGUCCUACCUCAACAGUCACAUCAAAACGGUUCACAUCGGAGUGAAGCGACACCGCUGCCAGGAUUGUGGCAAAAUAUUCUCCAACAGUUCGAACCUGAUCGCCCACCGACGAACUCACAACGGAGAUCGUCCGUACGCUUGCCAGGAAUGCGACGCCAAAUUCACCCAAUCCCCGGCACUACUCCGCCACGUCAAGGCCAAACACCGACCCAAACCGGUCGAACCAGUCGUCAUUCCGGAGGUGGAACCGGAACCCUUCGAGCCGAACAUUGACGUCGACGAGAAUCGCUCGCUGGACUCGGCCGCAAGUUCGGAACUCUCGGUCGCCACUUCGCUAAUCGACAAUCACUCCGUCUACACGGUUCCGCCGUACAUAACCAGCUACGUGCCACCUCAGCCGCCGCCCGUACCGGCCCAGAUGCAGCUCGGUCAGAUGGCACCGCCAACGACGUCCGGGACGCUCUACCCCGGGGACAUGUACCAGCAGCAUCAUGGUGCGUAUCCUAGCUAUCAGCAACAGAACCAGCACCAGCAGCAUCUGGAUGUGGGCAGCAGUUACGACAUGUGCUACACGAUGCCGGUCGGCCAUCAUCAUGCGCACUCGUCCGUGAUCAAUCCGAGCCUGAUGAAUCCGCAGCCAACGUACAUCUUUGAUCAGUAGAUAAAAAUAAGUCCGACGUCGUGAACAGAUGCUGUAU